AACAAAAACUUACUCUCGGCUCACAACCAUAAUCCAAGCAAAACUUACGAAAAUAAAGAAGAAAAAGAGAAAAAUCAUAGACAUUUUAUUUUUCCACGCAAACUUUUAGAAGCGGAAACAGACAAAAUUUUAGCAAAACAGAGUGAAUAUUAUCCGCAGUUAAGAAAUAAUUUUCACGAGAUUUUGAGGAUGGACCCAGUCAAACAGAGCCUAAAAACCAAGAAAAGCCGGCCAUCAUCCAUUGAAAAAAGCAUAAUCUUCUCUAAAAUUGGCGGAUUAGAAAUUAAAGAAAUAGGAGCGGAAAAGAAAAAAAGUGGAACCUUUCGUCAACAAUUAGAAAAGUUUUUAAAAGAAUUGCAAAUCAAACCUCGUUUUCCUACCGGGAUUGAGUUUAAAGUAAGUUUUUUAGAUUAUUUGAAAGAAGACAAGAAUUUUUAUUCGGUUUUAGGAAAAGAUUGUCCGUCGCAAUUCUACUUAAAUUAUGAAGAUUACCAAAAGACUGUUUUUUACCAAAUGGGGGAGAUUAUUUUUGCUGAUAUUUCUCCAUGGAGAAGAAAAGAUAAGUUGACUGAGUUAGCCGAAAAAUAUAGUUUAGAACCCUUUUCUGAUUGCUUAUCCAGAUUAGAAAAAUAUUACAACGAAAAGUCUCCGGCAGCAGUUUCUUUUC